AAACCUGUUUGGUGUUCAAUCAAAUUGCAGUGAAUAUUUAAAAGAAGAAUUUAAUUUUAGUCUUGAAUUUAAACUCCCUUUGAUAAAAAUUUACUAUAAGGCGCAAAGAUGGUUAUAAUAAUCCAGUAAAAUCGCUCUAUUUAGGACCAACUACAAAGCCGUUUAACUGUAAGGAAAAUUCCAGUAGAAACGUGAAACAUUGAGAGGAAAUGUCGGUUGAAGCGCGUGCCAAACUGCGGGCGCAAAUCAACCUAAAGGCCCACGGGCUCCAGUUCAUAUGCUGCGCUCCGGGAUGUGCCAAGGACAAAAGCAAAAAAUCCUACUCGUUGCAUCCCUUUCCGAACGAAGCUACCGAGCCGGAACGGCACCAGAUCUGGAAGCGCCUACUGCUAAUCGACCAGCACGUCUCACGAACGAACGUUGUAUGUGCGAGACACUUUCCGAAGCAGUGCUUCAAACAGAAUGCCGAUGGAACUACAUCAAUUUUCCUGCAGCCCGAUGCCUACCCCUAUGCUACCAGUAGGAUAAAAUUGCGGCUGGAAAAGAAACGUGCCGAACGCGAAAACGCCUCCUCCAAAGCUCAACAGAUUCUAGACUGUUCUGCUAAUGAUGACAACCCGCACUCCGAUGUGGAUGUUCAGAUAAUUGAGGAUAUAGAGUAGAUGAGGCAAUCAUUCGCUUCCAACAUUCCACACAAUUUUAAGUUUAUAUCUAAUUUAUGUUUAAAAUUGUGCACGAACAAGCAGUGAUAAAUAAGACUAAUAGUUAAAACAUUUGAUCAGAUAAAUAAAAAUAUUGUACACCUUUCCAACAAAAAUGUAA